AUGGCUCCUGCUCACAAGGGUAAAAAGAUUAGCAAGAAACAAUUGCUCAAGUUUACAAUUGAUUGUACCAUUCCAGUGGAUGAUCAUGUCUUGGAUCCUGCUUCGUUUGAGAAAUUCCUACAUGAUCGUAUCAAGGUUGGUGGCAAAACGGGUGUACUCGGUGAUGCCGUCAAGAUUACUCGUGAUAAGACCAAGCUACAAAUUGUAGCUGUCCCUCCUUUUAGCAAACGAUACCUCAAGUAUCUGACCAAAAAGUAUCUCAAGAAACAACAAUUACGUGACUAUUUGCACGUGAUUGCGUCGGACAAGAGCACGUACGAAUUACGAUACUUUAACAUUCAUGAUGCUGGAAAUGAUGCUGAGGACGACGAUGAGUAG